ACACACAAACACACACACUUCCUCCUCCUCCCCCCCGACAGAGGGGCUCUCCCCGGUCCUCCCCCCGACCCCCCAAUCCACUCGUGCCAGCCGGAGACCCUCCACAACAGCCAGGCCCUCACCUCUGCCUCUGUUUACCCCCAGCAGCUGGCAGACACAGACACACACACGCAGACACAGACACACACACACACAGACACACACAGAGACACAGCCUACCUGCCCCGGAGGCCCAGCGGGAUGGAGCCGGUCCAGGGAUGACCCGAAGGAUGCGAGGGGCAGGAUCCGGGCACCUGUUUGGACUCCCCGAGUCCCCCCCCCCGCCCCCUCCGCCGGGGCUCUCCCGUAGUCGCCUCUUUCUUUCAUCCCUCCGAGGAAGAUGUGGCUGAAGCUGUUUUUCCUGCUCCUCUAUUUCCUCGUCCUGUUCGUCCUGGCCAGGUUCUUCGAGGCCAUCGUCUGGUACGAGACGGGCAUCUUCGCCACCCAGCUGGUCGAUCCGCUGGCGCUCAGCUUCAAGAAGCUGAAGACCAUCUUGGAAUGCCGCGGCUUGGGAUAUUCCGGCCUGCCGGAGAAGAAGGAUGUCAGAGAGCUGGUGGAAAAGUCUGGAGACUUAAUGGAAGGUGAGCUUUAUUCUGCCCUCAAGGAAGAAGAAGCAUCCGAGUCUGUUUCAAGUACCAACUUCAGUGGCGAAAUGCACUUCUAUGAGCUUGUGGAAGACACAAAGGAUGGCAUCUGGCUGGUUCAGGUUAUAGCAAACGACAAAAGUCCCUUAGUGGGGAAAGUUCACUGGGAGAAAAUGGUGAAAAAGGUAUCGAGAUUCGGUAUACGGACCGGCACUUUUAACUGUUCCAGUGACCCCAGAUACUGCAGGAGACGAGGCUGGGUACGAUCCACGCUUAUCAUGUCCGUCCCGCAGACCAGUACUUCCAAGGGGAAGGUAAUGCUUAAAGAAUACAGCGGACGGAAGAUCGAAGCCGAGCAUAUCUUCAAGUGGAUCACGGCCCACGCGGCUUCUCGGAUCAAAACGAUUUAUAACUCUGAGCACCUGAAAGAAGAGUGGAACAAAAGCGACCGGUACCGGGUCAAGAUCUACCUGUUCGCCAACCUCGACCGGCCCCCCGCGUUCUUCUCGGCCCUCAGCGUAAAGUUUACCGGGAGAGUUGAGUUUAUCUUCGUCAACGUGGAGAACCAGGCCAACAAGAGCUAUAUGACGGAGCUGGGUGUCUACCACACGCCGUCCUACGUGCUCAGGACUCCGGAAGGAAUUUACAGAUACGGGAAUAACACGGGCGAGUUCAUUUCCCUUCGAGCCAUGGAUUCUUUCUUGCGUUCUCUGCAACCCGAGGUAAACGACUUAUUCGUGUUAAGUCUGGUGUUGGUGAAUCUGAUGGCCUGGAUGGACUUAUUUAUUACACAGGGUGCCACCAUAAAGCGAUUCGUGGUGCUCAUAAGCACUUUAGGGACCUACAAUUCUCUGCUGAUUAUCUCCUGGCUCCCCGUGCUGGGCUUCCUGCAGUUACCUUACUUAGACAGCUUCUACGAGUACAGCUUAAAAUUGCUAAGAUACUCCAAUACGACCACCCUGGCUUCGUGGGUGAGGGCCGACUGGGUGUUCUACUCCUCGCAUCCCGCCCUGUUCCUCAGCACGUACCUGGGUCACGGUCUCCUGAUCGACUACUUCGAGAAGAAGCGGCGCCGGAACAACCACGACGACGAAGUGAACGCCAAUAACUUGGAGUGGCUGUCCAGCCUGUGGGACUGGUACACGAGCUACCUCUUCCACCCCAUCGCCUCUUUCCAACACUUCCCCAUCGAGCUGGAUUGGGACGAAGACCCCGACCUGUUCCUGGAGCGGCUGGCCUUCCCGGACCUCUGGCUUCACCCCCUGAUCCCGACCGACUACAUUAAAAACUUACCCAUGUGGCGGUUCCGGAGGGCCGGGGAGGAGGCGGCGACGGGAUCCCGGGAGAGCGAGAGCGACUCGGACCCGGAAGGCAGGGACCCCUCGUCCGGCAGCGACCGGGAGAGUUCCGAAGACGAGCGAAAGGCCCGCGAGGGCCGGCGCUCCUGCCGGGCCCGCCCCCACGAUCGGGAAGCGCCGUCCUCGGAGUCGGACGGCCCCGGCGAAGACCCGGAGCCCGACUGGCUCCCUUGGCCCGCCGAGAUGUUGCACUGUACCGAGUGCGUCGUCUGCCUGGAGGAUUUCGAAAACGGGUGCUUGUUGAUGGGUCUGCCCUGUGGCCACGUUUUCCAUCAGAACUGCAUCGUGAUGUGGUUGGCCGGAGGCCAGCACUGUUGCCCCGUCUGUCGGUGGCCCUCGUACAAGAAGAAGCAGCCGUAUUACACGGCGCCGGCCCCUGGCAAGUGACGGCCCGUCUCCCCCGCGCGUCGCGUCUCCCCCCCGCCCC